AUGUCUGGAGGAGAUGUUGAAACUUUUGAAAAUGCACAACCUAUUGUUGAAGAGCUUCCUCAAGAGUUAAAAGAUAUUAAAGCUAUUUUAUAUCAAGCACGUGCACAAAAUGCCUUGACUAAAGGUAUUAGACAAUGCCUUAAGGUUAUAGAAGCUAAAAAAGCACUCUACUGUUUUAUUGCUGAAGAUUGUGAUAAUGAUAAGUAUACUGGCUUAUUGAAAGCAAUCUGCAAAGAACAAGGAGUUAAGAUUGUUAUGGUCCCUCAAAAGAUCCAACUUGGUGAAUGGACUAAUCAAUGCAAAAUAAGAGAUGGGGCUGCUGUUAGAAUUGCUAAGUGUUCUUGCGCUACAGUUGGAUGCAAUAUUAAAUUUACUGAUGAAGUAAAGAGAUUGAAUGCUAAGACUAACUAA